AUGCUCUGGCAAGUCUACCACGGUGCUGAGCCCCCACCAACGACGAGACAGACAUCUUGGGCGUCGCUGGAUGUCGGCAAGAUUCUCGCUAUGUGCUUGCACCUCGAGUCUCUGCACUUGUCCAGUACGCUUCUGGAUCUGUUGACGAAUAUCCCCGACUUCGAGGAACUCAAGCUCAUCGGUAUUGUAAAGGACGGUAACGGUCUUGUUGCUCCCUCUCAAAAGCUCAACUACUCGACUGCCAAAGUGUUCCCGACUCAAUACAAGCUGGAGGAGAUGGUCUUUUCGGUAUACCCCAAAGCCAAGUAG